CCUUAUCUUUUCUCCAGUCCUCUCCCUCGUUUAAGCGCUAAAACUCAAUGGCUUCCACACUUCUUGUUCCUCAACUUCUCUCAUCUCCCACGAGUCUCAACGUCGCAGCUCCAAGAACCUAUUAUACCUUCAACGCACACAACACUCGUCGAACAGUAAAAUGCUCUUCAAACGCAGAACCAAAAGAUCAGCAGUUCCUCGACCUCACACCUUCACCCGACUCAAUCAACACCACAAGCGCCGAGAAGUUCCCCAUCGAGAAACGUCGAAGAUCCGAGAUCAUACGCGACAGGAAACAAAGAGGCAUCGAGAAGCCAGAGCCACCGAACUUCGAGAUCGGCUGGAAGAGAACGAAAGAGAUAAACUUGGAGAAACCAAAAGGGUACGUGAUAAUGGACUUCUUGGAGAAGUUCGAAGGGUUGAUGGCGAGAGAGUUCGGUUCCAAGGAGCUUUUGGCUAAAGCUGGGGAGAUAGUCGCGGAGAGGGCGAGGGAAGAAGCUGAGGUUUUGAGAGACGAAGGUGAAGUUGAGGAGAGGAUGGUUACUGAGCUUUUCAGGGUUUUGAAGUUGAUGGAGAUGGAUUUGGCUAUGGUUAAAGCUUCUGUUAAAGAAGAGACUCUCAGUGAGAGGAUUGAACAAGCUAGAGCGAGAUGUAGACAAGCUAUUCUUGUUGCUAAUUCUUUUUAAGACCAUUUCGAAAAGAUCUUUAACUUGUUUGGUUCUGUAAUAAUCACAAAGAUUCAUGUUUUUGUUUUAUAAGACCAUUUGGUUUUCAAACUUCUUCAUCUGUCUAUGAAUUGUUUAUAGUUUCAUCUGUAAAAGAUCUUAACUAGUUUGGUACUGUCAUAAAAAAAGAUUCAUGCUUUUGUUCUCUAAAGACCAUUUGGUUUUUAAACUCUUCUUGUUCUGUUUGAAUUGUUUAUAUUUAAGAUCUAAACUAGUUUGGUUAUUCUGUAAUUAAAAAAAAAAAAAGUUAUGCUUUUGUUUCCUAAGACCAUUUGGAUUUUAAACUCUUCUUGUUCUGACUGAACUUAACUUAGUUUGGUUCUGUAAUAACAAAGAAUCAUGUUUUUGUUUUUAAUUUAUUGAGAAAAAUAUACUUCCCACUAAUUUCAUUUUCCAAAAGAUAUUUACGUUAUCAGUUCAAUGGUUUGUUGUGCACCACACAUUAUAAGUGUAGAUUAUUACCAUUCAAAGGCAAAGCUUUCACUAAGACAAUCAACAAUGGCAUCUCUUAGAUUCUUCUACACGGUAGAGAUGUCGUUGCCAUGUCUGUUAUGCCCAUGCCCAUCAUCACCUAUCUCUCUUUCUUCGCCUUCUCCGAGAUACCAUCUUCUUAACACAACCUUCAAGAGACUAGGUUCAUCCAGAACUCUCCGCAUAACUUGUUCGUCUUCAUCUACCUUCACUGGAGGCCAAACACAACAGUCGUCAUUCAAUGACGCUGAGAUGAAACUCAUUGAUGCUUUGAUCGGAAUUCAAGGCCGUGGCAAAUCUGCUUCUCCUAAACAGCUCAAUGAUGUGGAAUCUGCUGUGAAAGUUCUUGAAGGUUUAAAGGGCAUUCCAAAUCCUGCUGAAUCUGAAUUGAUUGAAGGUCGUUGGCAAUUAAUGUUCACCACAAGACCUGGAACUGCAUCUCCAAUUCAGAGAACAUUUACAGGAGUAGAUGUGUUCACUGUGUUUCAAGAUGUCUACUUGAAGACAACAAACGAUCCUCGUGUUUCAAACAUUGUUAAGUUCUCUGACUUCAUUGGAGAGCUGAAAGUUGAGGCAGUUGCUUCCAUCAAAGAUCCCAAAAGGGUUCUGUUUCGUUUCGAUAGAGCAGCAUUCGCAUUGAAGUUCCUUCCAUUCAAAGUUCCAUAUCCAGUUCCUUUUAGACUUCUUGGUGAUGAAGCAAAAGGCUGGUUAGAUACUACUUAUUUGUCGCCUUCAGGAAACCUUAGGAUCUCAAGAGGAAACAAGGGGACAACGUUUGUUCUUCAGAAAGAAACAGUGCCUAGGCAGAAACUGUUAGCUACCAUAUCUCAAGACAAAGGAGUAGCAGAGGCUAUAGAUGAGUUUCUUGCUUCUAAUGCUAAUACCGCGGAAGAUGAUUAUGAACUUCUAGAGGGAAACUGGCAAAUGAUUUGGAGUUCACAGAUGUAUACAGAUAGUUGGCUUGAGAAUGCAGCGAAUGGUCUUAUGGGAAGACAGAUCAUUGAGAAGGAUGAAAGAAUCAAGUUUGAAGUUAACAUCAUACCAGCAUUUAGAUUCUCUAUGAAAGGCAAAUUCUUGAAAUCAGGAGGUAGCACCUAUGAGUUGAAGAUGGACGAUGCAGCAAUUAUAGGUGGUCCGUUUGGAUAUCCGAUCGAAUUGACAAACAAUAUCAAGCUUCAAGUUCUAUACACAGAUGAGAAGAUGAGAAUAAGUCGAGGCUUUGAUAACAUUAUCUUUGUGCACAUCCGAGAAAUGUAGCUACGUUUAGGGGAUUUCAAAUUACAGGAAAAAAAAUUGUUAUAAUGCUCCUCCUAUAUGAAUAUGCAUAUAGUUUGGCUUCAAUGGUAACACUUCUACCCCAAAAAUUUCUACAUAUGUACAUAUAUUAAUAUGUUUUUGUUGCUAUUA